AUGCUGUUCAGAAUCUCUUCGAAAGUCUGGGCGCGCGCGAUUCUGCUAACGGCUAGUGUCAUCGGCUGGCGCAAUGCUACUUGUUCAGCUGUCCUCCUCCAUGGUGUGGCGAAGCUCUCCUCUGGCGCUCAGGCCGCCGAGCCGCGUUCACAGCACGCUUUGGAGCGUCGCAUGCUUAGCGAAGACCACCUACCAGGUUUUCCACCAGGCUAUGUCAUCGGCAUGGUGGACCAAUUGGGUGCUCUGCAUCACGUGUAUGAUCAUCAAGAAGGCUGGAGCCUGCUCAACGGUCACAGGAUUGUGCCUCCCCAGCACGGACGGAAUGUCGUGUACAACAAUCGCCCAACGAUGAUCGACAAGCAGGUAGUCAUAUGGCCCAGGGGAUUUCCUGAACAAAGGUUUCACUGGGAUUGGGCCGUCAAUAGAUGGAUGCCGUAUCACGGGCCAAGCACGCCCAACAGUUACUUUGCGGAGCGCUUUGCCCACAUGCAGCACCAGGAGCGGUCCUCUCCAUUACCGCGUACCGUUGAUGAACUGAUGAGAACUUACGGCAGAGAAGGCGAGUCCUCGAGUAGGUCGAGUGAGGCUUCGACCCGGCCGGCGCAGCCUUUGGACCAGGAAUCGGACGCUGGGCCUCAGGCACCCCCUCGCCAGCGUCAGGUUCCUGCCAAUCGGUACUCGAGUGGUAGACCACCUCGGUACGAGCGCGGCGGAAGCUAG